AUAAAAUCAAUUUUCUAAUAUAUAGAAAACUUCCAAAACAAAAAAUAGUUAAAAACCAAGUUUUCCUAAGUUUGUUAAAGUUUGAUUAACCAGAAAAAAAUUAAAUAAAUUAUAAAACAAAAGAAAAGUAAUAAACAAGAUAAUCUUUAAACUUCAAACGAAACCAGCAAAAAAACAGUGGAAAAUUAAAAAUUCUUUAAAAUGAAACCUUCAGAAUUGCUGUUACUUUUGGAAAGGGUCAAAUUUAAAGUUCCCUUACCGCCUGGUGUAAAUAGUGCCACAUUGCUACCAAAAUUAGUACGAACCAAGGAUGUCAAACAGUUACAAGACGGUAAUUCACAACCUACAAAGCCAAAAUUAACGAAAUGCCUAAACACUUUAGAUCUCACAUCGCUGGGUAUUGGUUCGUGUUGUGGCACUGGCAUGUAUUUAGUUGCCGGUAUGGUGGCCAAAAAUAUUGCCGGUCCUGGUGUGAUAAUUAGUUUUAUUAUUGCUGCAAUAGCUAGUAUUUUUUCAGGCGCCUGCUAUGCUGAGUUUGGUGUGCGUGUACCACAUACAUCCGGUUCCGCGUAUAUGUAUUCAUAUGUUGCCGUUGGCGAAUUUGUUGCAUUUAUUAUUGGUUGGAAUAUGAUAUUGGAAUAUUUAAUAGGAACAAGUGCCUGUGCUUGUGCGUUAAGUUCAAGUUUUGAUUCACUAACCGGCGGUGCCAUAUCAACAGCCAUAGGCGAAACCAUUGGUACCAUAUUUGGUAAACCACCUGAUUUUAUAGCCUUCGGCAUUACACUCAUAAUGACAAGUGUACUGGCAAUGGGAGCCAGUAAAUCGGUGAUAUUUAAUCAUACUUUAAAUGCCAUAAAUCUUGCAACCUGGGUGUUUGUUAUGACUGCUGGCUUGUUUUAUGUGGAUACAAAUACAUGGACUGAACAUCAAGGAUUCUUGCCAUACGGUUGGAGUGGGGUGUUUUCCGGUGCUGCCACAUGUUUUUAUGCAUUUAUUGGCUUCGAUAUUAUAGCCACAACGGGUGAAGAAGCCCAUAAUCCUCAAAAAAGUAUUCCAAAAGCAAUAGUGGGUUCACUGUUUGUUGUUCUGUUGGCCUAUGUUACAGUAAGCUUAGUUUUAACACUUGUCGUUCCCUACGAUCACAUCAAUGCUGGCGCCGCUUUAGUGCAAAUGUGGUCUUAUGUUAAUGCGCCCAAGUGCAGAGCCAUUGUGGCGAUUGGUGCAACAGCCGGUCUAUCGGUGGCCAUGUUUGGUUCGAUGUUUCCAAUGCCAAGAGUUAUAUAUGCCAUGGCUCAGGAUGGUUUGAUAUUCAAACAACUUUCUCAUCUAUGGCAACGUACUAAUGUACCUGGUUUAGCCACCAUAGGAAGUGGUAUUGCCGCCUCCUUAGUAGCACUAUCCGUACGUCUAGAGAUUCUAGUGGAAAUGAUGUCGAUCGGAACUCUGCUCGCCUAUACACUAGUAUCCACCUGUGUGUUAGUGCUGCGCUAUCAACCACACAGUACUUCCCUAAUCGAAUUGCUACCAGCUCAACUACGCACACCCAUAACGGCGGGUGCUGCCAACGAUCCACACAAAACUACAGCUGAAGUUAUGGAAACAAAUAAAUUGACCAUUAAACGUGUUACACGAGGCAUGUCCGAUUCAGAUGAUUCGUUUAUAGACGAAAGUCCCGAAGGUUAUUUGGGACGUGAUGAUCAAUUUCUGGUAUCAGAUCGAUCAGAGAAUAAAUUCUAUGGUGCAGUACAUGGCGCACCAACUGGUCCCACUGGACAGGCGACCGCUUUCGAUACAAUGGGUUUGAAUUUCAUAUCGAGAAAAAUACAUGAAUAUUCGUAUCUGUGUCCAGGUUUCUUUCCUUGGAUAAAUCCCGGCCAGGCCACCACGGAAAGUGGCAUGUAUGUGACCAAACUUGUUGGCAUCAUGUUCGGUCUCAUAUUCUUCUUGGAUCUAUUUGCGGCCAUUGGCUGGUCCGGUGGUUUCGCAGCAUUCAUUUAUUUCAUUUUAUUUAUCGGCAUAUUUGUGAUAUUAUUAAUUAUCUCAAGACAACCACAAAAUAGAUAUGCGCUUGCGUUCCUUACCCCUGGACUUCCAUUUAUUCCAGCGAUUGCCAUUGCAGUCAAUAUCUAUUUAAUAUUUAAGUUAAGCAUAUUAACCUUAGUUAGAUUUACCAUUUGGAUGUCACUGGGCUUCGUUAUGUACUUUUAUUAUGGCAUCACUCACAGUACCCUCGAACAGACAAGCGAUGAAAUGGAAUUGAGAGUCGACAAAGAUUAUAGCAAAAAUGUCGAAGAAAAAGCUGUUUGGGAUCAACCUUCCUAUAUGAACCAAAAUCAUGAACCCGUUUGGGCCAGUAAAGAUAAUACAAAAGAAAAUACGACAAAACCUCGCGCCAAUCAUUCCAAUAAACCACAAGAUAACUCCAAUUCAACAAAUACACACAAUACAACAAGUGCAAGAAAUCCUGCAAUUGGUCAAACCAGCGGAAAUACGGGUACAUUUAGUAUGUUUAUCGAUGAAACACAAUUUCCAACGUGGGAUGAUUAAAACAGAUGAUAUAUUUAAUUAGUUUAUAAGAUUUUAGUUUAUAACACAGUUUGGAGUGGAACCCCAUACAAACAAACCAACUAACUAACUAAACAAAACGCAAAUGUGAGAGCAAUGCUUAGAUUUACAUACAUAUUUACACUACUGAUUUAUAUUAUUAUAAAAUUUCUUUUAAAAUAAUCACAUUUUAAUUUUUUAGUUAAAACAAAAAUCAGUUCAAAACAACUAAAACAAUACACUCAGAGAAAACACAGAUUUAUUAUAAAUAAGCACUGUGUACAUGAUUUGUAGUUGGUGUCAUAACAUUUUCUGUUAACUGCAGCUACAUAUAACAUUCAUGUUGUGCUUUAUGAAUAUGUUUUCUCUGAGAAAUUAAAUUUAUUUUCUAAUUUAAAGCUAAUAUGUAAAUAAUCGUAAUUAGUCUUUAUUUAUCUAUUUAUUUAUACAUAUUUAUAUUUAGAAUAUAUAUAUACAUACACACAUACACUUUAAAACAUAUAAUAUUAUUUAAAUAUUAUCUAUAUAUACACAUAAAUACAUACAUAUAAUAUAUAUUAUAUAAAUAGGUAUGUACUACAUAUUAUUUAUUUAAUAAUAAAAAAACAAAAAAUUGCGUACAUACAUACAUACUUAUAGAGAAUUACAAGAAAUUCGCAGAAAAACAAAACGCAAAAUUAGUAAUUUUUCAAUUGACUCAAAAUUAUACAAAUUUAAACCAAAAAAAAUGAUAAAUUUAAUAGUUAUAUAUUAUAUAAAAUUUUUAAUAUACAUUAAAAUUAUGACUUAAAGUUAUGUCUGUAUUAAGUCCCCCGGAGCAAAGUGUUUUAGAAUUCUUUAUAUGGAAAUGAUAUAAAAUUUUGAAUAUUUCAAUAUUUCUUUAUUUUUUUUCGAGACUGUGCUUCAAAAGAUCUCUGCGAUAUCAAGUUAAGUAAGACCUGGUUUACACUGGGAAACUUUUUAUUUUGUGUGUGAGAGAAAGAGCUGGUUGAUAUUUCUUUCUCUCACACACAAAAAUCAAAAGUUUCUCAAAAUAAGUUUCACAGUGUGAACCGUUAUUAAUGUUUUAGUGGCAUUUUAAAAUUGUUUGUGAGUUGUUCAGAAACGUUCCAUAUAUAGCAAAGAUCAUUCUGAUAAAAGUCAAUGCUACUUUGUUUGUUUUGCAAAAAGCCAAAAAGUAACAUAAUACAGGCGUUACAAUUUGUUACAGCUCUGUAGUUUAAACAGCUGUCAAACAGCAUUGCUAACAAAGAUUAUACCGUUAACAUUAACUUUAAAAAAUUACACUGGACACUCAGUGGUUAGGGCUAACCCUAAAUGAUAGUCUUAAUAGAUAGUUCAGGAUUGUUCGGCCGAACUGCUGGAAAUUCCCAGUUAUUAGGCAAAAAAUUGUCUGAUUACUAAUCUGUAAUUUUGCUGAACUGAACCAAGUAAACUGCACAGUUGUGAUUCCAGUUAUUAGGGGAUAAAUUUGUCUGAUUAAUAGUCUAUAAAAUUGCAACAACAUUGGGCGUUCUAUAAUAGUGUUUAGCCUGGAUUUAAAAACAGUACAAAGUUUUACCAUAACAAGUGACUUAUUCAGGGUCCACUCUAUUGACAAAUCCAUGAUCUAGACUAGUUGUACAUCAAAUCCGAAGAAAUACUCCCAGGACUGUGGUUGUGCACUUCUUUACCAGUGCCUCAGGUGGAAAUUGAUCUUACGGCUUUCAGAUCACUAGAACACUAACCAACUAACUAAGCAGGGUCUACAAGGGUCAAAUCUAGGAAGUAAUAUAUCGAUUAGUAUAUUGACUAGUUUGCUGACUAUUAAGAAUAAAAAUACCGUAAUGUGAAAAAGAACAAUCGUACUGACUUUCCCAUGCUUGAUCAUAAGGCUAACAUACUAAAGAACAUGAAUCUGAGUAAUUUUACCGAUAACUCUAUGGAAAUGUUCUUGAGUAUUUUCAAGACCACGUCUUUAGUUAAGAUUUCUAAGUCAAUCUGGGCUGUGUUCGCUGUGCUACCAUCAAAAAGAUCCACAAAUCACUCAAUACCAGACUAUCACUCUUAUUGGUGACACUGCAACGAUCCAAAACCCUAAAAAUAUUUAUGAAUCUCUUAGCAUUCUGGUAAAUUAGAGAUCAGAACAUUUUUAACUGUUUUGAUUGGCAAAUUGUGUGAUAAAGCCUAAAUAAUUUCCUUUCUAGACUGUUACUACAUUUGAUUGAAAGUUUUGCUGCCUUUGUUCAGUGGUUUAGAAACUUUAAGUUUUAGAAAUCUGUACUUAGAAAUCUCUGGAACUAUUGAAGUUAAAAAUUAGGUUAAACUUAUCACUAGUUAACACCUAAUCCUCCAACGUCUAAGCAUCAGGUUGUCUCUAAUUCAGUCGUCACUUUACUGUCAACCAGUAAUCUAAAGAGUAAUUAUAUUUAAAAAAUAAAACUAAAUAAUUUUGCAAAAAUCUUAAAUUUAAGAAAUUUUUUAUAAAGAAUUUCCAUAUGAAGAAUUAUUUAAACACUAUUUAAAUGAACUAACGUUUUACAAAAAGAUAACAAAAUAUUAGUAAAUAACAAUUAGUUUAAAUGUAUUAUAAUUAAAUUAUAAUGGGGACUGUAAAAUACGAA